CUCUCGCGAGUGAAAUACAGUUAGACUUACGGCCAGAGAGUGUGCACAGCAUUGGUGUGUAAUGUGUUGUUGUCUAUCACUAACACUACACUAAUAAUAGACACGAUUUGUGUUCACUUCACUUCAUCUAUACAUUACUCGCGAUCACCAUUGGAUUCACUGUCGCAGACCUAUCACGAGUUACCACCAACGAGUGAGCCAUAUAUUCAGGGAUCAGUUGAGCUACAAGUCUAUCCCCGGAGACGACGCUAACCACAGUUUUGUUGUCUGUAUUUGCGACAUUUGUUGACUCACUCUUCAUAUAUAUCACCAAUUGUUUGAUCCGUGCGUUGAAUGAUAGUUACCACGCGUGAGAUGUGCGUAUCGAUGACUAGUGCACCACAAGAACCUUAACAAUAAGUGCAUUAUAUCUGUGUCCACAACACUAUCACCUGUUUGUGGGCCAUAAGUGUGUGUUUGUGUGGUAGGGAUCAGUCGCUCCGUGAUAGUCACCACAUGUGUAGCUAUUGAUGAGAUGAACGCAAUGACGGCCACCGCGAAGACUCGAGAGUGUCACCGGAUCUGUGGCUUCAAUCGACUCGUACUGUGGUAUCUGUUGAUCGUAUUUCACGCCUCCAAAGCGGCCACACAUUGGGUGGUCACCGAAGACGGCAAACUUCAGACACAAGAUGAUUCGGUGUAUCAAUUGAGGCGUCCCUACGAUCUGAUGUCACUCUUGCAUCAGGAGAAGAGGGCCGACAUGUUGGCCACCAUUAAGAACCAACUGAUCCAACAGAAAGAGGAGAUCGAAAGCGACUCCAACGCCAACAACGAUGAGACCGAAGAAGAUGUCGAGCAAUUGGUUUACGCGACAAACACUAACUGUGCGGAGGCCGGGAAGCCGUUAACGCAGUUUGAUCUAUACGUCGGUUCAAUGCUUUUUUAUAUACCAAAUGAUGACAAUGUUGUCAACUAUUAUAAUCUAAAUAAUAAUAAAAAUAAUAAUAACGACAAUACAGUCGAGGGACUAAAUGGAAAUAAUUUUGUAAAAGUAGUAGCAAUAGAUUCUCGGCCUGAAAAACAUGAGCCAAACUGUAGUCAAAUAAUGCCAAUGGAUUUCAGUAUGUCGUCGUUCGAGCACUUGCCGUCCGUUCGCGACCGAAAGUCUCUACAUAUAGACCCCGAAAGUGAAAUCCACACAACGAUUACCAAUUUAGAGGACAUUGAAGACUAUGGAGAUGCUGUCUAUGAAGCACUCAAACAAAACUCGAGUUCGUGGCUCUUAUACACGAUGGCCUCGUUUUACUGGCGGGCCGUCGGGAAUGCCGGCGAAUCCAUAGAAUGCCUGCGCCGUGCGAUACACCUCACACCCUACCAGUACCGGCACAUACCUCUCGUAUCGUUGGGUAAUGUCCUGCACCGGAGUAAGAGCUCAGAAGAGGCGGCGAUUGUGAUCCAUGCGGCCAUCGACGUGGCGCCGGACACCACGAUCUCUCACUACACACUCGGCAAUAUCUAUGCAGUGAUGGCAGACUAUAACAAAUCAGUCAUUUGUUUUGAUAAUGUGUUGAAAUUGGAUCCGGACUUCGAGGAGGCAAAGCUUCGCAAAUACGCCGUUCUCUGUCAUAACAGAGUGGAAAAGGCGCUGAAAGCACAGCACGAUACUCUCCAGAAGACAUUAGAGGAACUGCAGGGCUAUCAGAAGCAACAGGAGCUGUGGCUCCAUUACCAGCAAAAGUUGCUGUCAGAACAGGCACCGCCCGGUACGCUACUGGAGCAGCGCCUACACUAUCGCGAGUACAAGAUACGAGAGAUCAUAGACUCGACAAAUCGUGGCAAAAACGGGGCGCAAAUACUGCACUCGGCGUCGGCCGCUGUGGUGGGCGCCGCCUCCGCCGCCAAUUCCAACACCAAUACACUGAACGUCGUGGCGGAGAGCGCGGCCGCCUGUGUCACAGUCGACGCCAACGGCGUGAACGCCAAGAAAGGUAAUGCCGGCGACUGUCAUAUGGUCCCCAUUUUGAUACCCAUCACGUUUGUGCCGCCCUCCUGAUCCCCUCCACUGCAGAACUCCUGUCCACAGUCCACACAAACACACACACAUACCUGUCCCAUGGAAUAGCUUAAUCUCUGGUCACAGAUAUGUGCGACUAAUUUAUUACAGUCUUUGAGCGAUUUUUGUGCGAUUAAUGUCAGAAAUAUGACCCCAAA